AGCACCCGACAAACAAAGCCCGCUUUUAUAACGAAUUUAGGCCUAAAGCAUUCAUGAUGAUGCUUAUGUUUAGCUCUGAUCCAAGCAAGUAAGGUAUAUAUUUUGAAAACGAAGUACAUGUAUUUGACAUAGACCAGAAAAAGACAUGGGCUCUCCAUCCCUGGAGGCAUUCAUCCUUGAAGAAAACGUUUUGGAGGAGAUGUUCUCCGAAUGGGGGGAUUAUCCGACAAACAAAAACACAACUGAAAAUACCAGUGAAGUCAAACAUUCUGGGAUAUCAGAUGAGAAAGGAUCCAGUUCUACCGCGUCAGGUGACAAGAGAAACGAGGAACGGGCACCGACUACAGUCGUGGCUAAUAUUUUAGACAGCAACUUAGACACCGAUAAUGAUACAUGUCCGUCACCUCUGGGGAAAUUUCGUCCUGGAUAUUUAUGGGUAACUGAUUUUACAAGACAGAAUUGGUGUGAACAACAGCUGUAUUACACAUUUACAAUACCCACCAUAGCUGAGGAGAAUCCGGUUAUGACGGCUGGAACUGACUUGGCAAGAGAAUUAGCGACACACGAUAUAGUUAAGGUUGCAGUACAAUCUAAUGAGGAUAUAUGGGCAAUCAAACUGUUAAAUCUGCACUCGGCAUUGCUCGCCUUUCUUAACGGAGGCAAAAUAGCGAGAGAAGUGCCAGUAUUCGGGAAUCCAUUUGGAGGGAAUAUUUUUGUGGUGGGACUAAUUGACGAACUCCGAUUCGAUCCCUCCAAUUACACCAUUGACAUGGUUGAACUGAAAACACGCCAGUCUUCCAGCUUACCCUCCAAGGCCCAAAGAAAACAACACAAUUUUCAGGUUAUGUUAUAUAAAACUUUGUUUGAUGAUCUAGUGAAGGGACGAGUUUCAAAAGAUUUCAUAGCAUCUUCAUUACGGAUAGACCUCCACAAGGAACUUGGAGAACCUAUCAAAGAACAUGCAGAGAAACAGUUCGUGGUCAUUAAGAAUCUCAAUGAUCUGAUGGACCUCAUUUUUCAUAAGAUUCAAACUCUAACCUGUAUUAAUCAAAUACUCAUUGAAUAUGUACACCAGAAAUCAAAGCAGACGAUAAAUCAUGUGGAAGUAGAAUAUGACGUCAGUGAGAUUUCUCGCUUGUAUGAGCAGUACCUUCAGUUCUGGAGAGGGAAUCGAGAAGCAGUGGGAGUAGAGAUAGAGGACGCGUGGAAAUGUCAGAGAUGUGACUUUCAAUCUAUCUGUGAUUGGAGGAAAAGGAAGACAGAAGAAUGUAUACUCAAAAACAAGCAAGCAAAUAGAAGCAGCACUUAAAGUUGUGGGACGCACAAUCUUUAAUUCAUUUGUGUAUAUAAUAAAUCUAAUUUCACGUA